UCUGACAAACCCGAAAGUCAUUUCCAAUUUCAAGUGGACUUUGUUCCAACUAUUGGGGGCGUUCGCUUCCCCUCUUCAUGUUUGCCUGCAAACUUCCUCCUCCAACCCAGGACUAAUGGAUCACCACCUGCUUGGAUUUCUCUUCUCCUUCCUGUUCAGUGGCACCAAGGUUUUAGCCGGUUACCCAAUUUGGUGGUCCCUGGCCCUGGGGCAGCAGUACACAUCAUUGGGGUCCCAGCCUCUGCUCUGUGGCUCCAUUCCUGGCCUGGUCCCCAAGCAACUUCGUUUCUGCCGCAACUACAUUGAAAUCAUGCCCAGUGUGGCAGAGGGAGUGAAGCUGGGCAUCCAAGAAUGUCAGCAUCAGUUCCGGGGCCGACGUUGGAACUGUACCACCAUUGAUGACAGCCUGGCCAUCUUUGGGCCUGUUCUUGACAAAGCCACUAGAGAAUCUGCUUUUGUGCAUGCUAUUGCCUCAGCUGGCGUGGCUUUUGCCGUCACCCGGUCUUGUGCCGAGGGCACCUCUACAAUCUGCGGCUGUGACUCCCAUCACAAGGGGCCUCCUGGAGAUGGCUGGAAGUGGGGUGGCUGCAGUGAAGAUGCUGACUUUGGGGUGCUGGUCUCCAGGGAGUUUGCUGAUGCCCGGGAGAAUCGCCCAGAUGCCCGCUCUGCCAUGAACAAACAUAACAAUGAGGCUGGCAGGACGACUAUCCUGGACCACAUGCACCUCAAAUGUAAGUGCCACGGGCUCUCGGGGAGCUGCGAAGUGAAGACCUGUUGGUGGGCCCAGCCUGACUUCCGGGCCAUCGGUGACUUCCUCAAGGACAAGUAUGACAGUGCCUCUGAGAUGGUGGUAGAGAAACACCGAGAGUCAAGGGGAUGGGUGGAAACCCUCCGGGCCAAGUAUGCACUCUUCAAACCACCUACUGAGCGGGACCUGGUUUAUUAUGAGAACUCCCCCAAUUUCUGUGAACCCAAUCCUGAAACCGGGUCCUUCGGAACUAGGGACCGGACUUGUAACGUAACCUCCCAUGGGAUCGAUGGCUGUGACCUUCUGUGCUGUGGCCGAGGCCACAAUACACGGACAGAGAAGCGAAAGGAGAAAUGUCAUUGCAUCUUUCAUUGGUGUUGCUAUGUCAGCUGCCAAGAGUGUAUCCGUAUCUAUGAUGUCCAUACCUGCAAGUAAAGACCGGAGGGCACUGGGAGCAGGUGAAGCAUGUGGCUGGGAGGAUUGACCACAGUCCCACGGGAAAGCCAGGAUCGACAGCCAGGACCCAUGCUCACAGCAUCGAAGAACGUUGAACAAAACAGACUAAUGUCAGAUGCACACGUGGUAAAUUACCUGGACCUAACCCACCCAAUGAAUGGGACUUAUUCCUCCUUCCUUUUCCUCAAGAUUUUCACCCUAUUCUGGAUGUUCGGUUUUUUUUUUUUGUUUGUUUGUUUUUGUUUUUGUUUUUUGUUUUUAAAGAAGGGGCUUCUCUUUGGUUCUCUAGGGUCUGACAGGCACAGACCUCAGAGUUAAUCUUUGCACAUGUUAAGAGAAAAUUAAAAUUAAAAAAAAAAAGUCAGCUCCAGCAGGACAGGCUGGGCUGAUCUGAGCUCUCUGCCUGAUAACAACAAUCCCUGGUUUCAAACUGUUACUUAUAAGGGGUUUCCUAAAUGUCUUCGAGGUGGGAAUUAGGAGGCAGGACAGCCCCUUGUGGUAUCCUCUUCUCUAACUGCUCCCAUCCAAAUGUGACAUCCCUUUACGUGCUGGUGAAAAGCCAUAGUUUUAGUGAGGAUAAAGUGAUAGGUUGGGCCAAGGCUGGGCUGGAAGAGGCUUUUGAACUUUUAAGCACCUGCUAAGCUGCCCAAAUAGCAGCGGUUCAUUAUUGUCUCAUUUUUUCCAGAGGGCUGUUCUGCUUAAGAAGCAUUUAUGAACAAUAGAUGCAAAACCCAAAGUCUCUGGGUAAAGAGGUUUCACCUGAAAAUGCAGUCAAGUGGUUUUUUGUGAACUGGCAAUGUGGGCAAGGCUUGUUCACCAGCUCUGAUGGAGUCUUACAGAAGUCUUUAUGAGCCUAUCCAUCUCUCUCUCUCUCUCUCUCUCUCUC